GUUUGAGGUCAACCGCGCGCCUUGGUCGUAUUUCAAUUGAAACUAACCAUGGUUCUUGCAAAUGAAUUUUCGUAUUUCGGCCUUUUCGCGGUUGUGUACGCCACUGAUUAGAGUCCAAUGACGUGUGUCAUCCGAUGUUGAUGUUGACGGUGGCAUGGCUGUGGGGUUCCUCAGUAUAACCUGUAGACGUUAUGAUAUAAAACAGAAAACUACAGUUUUGACACCGUCAUGUCGUCUGAUGUGUUACAUCAACAUCCACUCGCCUACAAAACAACAAUAAUUUUUUACAAAUAAUUGGCAUGGGGGUGCCAUGGCUCGCCCAAGUGCGAUUACUGCACAUGGCGAUUUUAAUAUUAGCUACAGCGUCAUGUUUACUAUACGUGGCAUAUAUAACAUCCCCCCAAUUGACGACAACGGCUUCACCCCUGCGUACGUUAGUAUCAUCCGAAAUUCGCGCAUUCCAAGGUAACACAACCCAGGCUGAAGUGGCGAAAAAUAUGACAGCGGCGCCCUUGAACAGCGGUUCAUCCGAAGCACCUCAAAUUUCAGCAGUUCGGACUUUGACAAAUGGAACAACAAAUAGUAGUAGUCAACCGGAUUUAACUCGGGGAGUCGCCGCUGAAACAAUAUAUGAGGCAGGUCACGUGGAUGUCAGUUCGCAAAUCUGCCCAGAAUUAGGAAGAGAUUUAAAGUUGUUGAUUGCAAUAACGUCAGCACCGAGUCAUGAAAGUGCCAGAAUGGCGAUUAGAGAGACUUGGGGUCAUUUCGCUAGUAGAAAAGAUGUAGCUAUAGCAUUUAUGUUAGGUUCAAUUUCGAACGAAACGAUUAAUGCCAAUAUAGAAAAGGAACAAUAUUUGUACGGUGAUAUAAUUCGAGGGAAAUUCAGAGAUACAUAUGACAAUCUUACUCUUAAAACGAUUUCGAUGUUAGAAUGGGUAGAUAAUUACUGUCCAAAAGCAGCUUUUGUACUUAAAACUGACGAUGACAUGUUUAUUAAUGUAUCUCGGCUUCUUGCUUUCAUUGCAAAGCACAGUCCUGAGCAAAGAACCAUAUACGGUCGAUUAGCGAAAAAGUGGAAACCGAUCAGAAAUAAAAAAUCCAAAUAUUACAUUUCUCCUAACCAGUAUAAACCAGCGGUUUUCCCUGAUUUUACCACUGGACCAGCAUAUUUGCUGCCCGCUCGAUUGUCGAAAGAAUUAUAUGUCGCAGCACUUAAUCACACCUAUUUCAAAUUGGAAGAUGUCUUCGUUACUGGAAUCGUGGCCAACAGCUUGAAAAUCAAACGCGUGCAUGCACCGGAAUUUUUAAAUAAAAGAGUCUCUCUAACUCCAUGCAGCGUACAAAAAGGAAUCAGCAUACAUAUGGUCAAAGGUGUUGAGCAGUACGAUCUUUGGAAGAAGUUACACGAUGUUGCUGCAAAGUGCAAAAAAUAGUGCGUGAUCGAGACAAUUUUUUCAAUUGUGUAUAUUUUCAUAUAAACAGUAUUUUACUUAAGUUAAAUUAUUUGGUGAAUCUCAUCAGGAAAUUCUGAUUUAGUCAAGUGGAAACGUCACUUUAUUAAACGAAACUGUACAAUUCUCACAUGAACAUCACACUAUUUAAUUUUUUAUCAUACUGUAAUUAAUUUAAAUUUAAAAAUAUUAUGAAUCAAAGAAAAUUAAAAAAUUACAUUAUAUAGAUAAACAAUAAGUUCAAUAAUUUAGAACGCAUUUUUAUAUUCCCUGAGUAAAGAAACAAUAAAAUUAUUGUAAAUAAAGUUAUCGAACCAA